GUACCCUGAGAAAAUCGAGGCCUCGUUUCAGCGGGCGCACUGCUACCUUCCGGCGGGCAUCGUGGCCGUGCUGAGGCAGCGCCCCUCCCUGGUGGCUGCUGCAGUCCAGGCCUUUUACCUCAGGGACCUGGUGGACUUACAAGCCUGUCGCUGUUUUCACACCUUCCUUCCAGAGUCACGUGUGAUGACUGUAGUUACUUUCACAAAGUGUUUAUAUGCACAGCUGAUGCAGCAGAAGUUUGUUCCAGAUAGGCGCAGUGGAUACACACUCCCCCUCCCAUCUCACCCUCAGUACAAAGCCUAUGAACUGGGCAUGAAACUGGCUCAUGGCUUUGAAAUUUUGUGCUCCAAGUGCAGUAAAGUAUCUCCUGAUUCCAAGAGAAAUGUGUUAUGUGGUCCCUUGUGGGAGAGAUUCCUCAGCAGCCUGAAGGAAAAAAAAUAUUUCAAGGGAGAACUGGAAGGAUCUGCCAAGUACACAGAGCUGUUGCGGAUGGCAGAAGAUUACUUCCAGCAGUCUCUUUCCAAACCAGAAAGUCCUCUUGAAAUGAGCCCAGGUGAUGAAAUCUUGACAUUGCUCCAGACAACAAACAUUGAUAUGACGGAAUUGGAGAGAGAAGCGGCUUCUCUUCCUCCAGAGGAUGAUGACAGCUGGCUGGAUAUCACACCAGAGGACCUAGAUCAGGUGCUGAAGGAGACAAGGAGCGAGUCCUUUCCUUCCUCAGAUGAGGAAGAGCAGAAAUACGACUUGGAAGCAGUUGCUGAAAGCAUGAAGGCUUUUGUGUCCAAGGUCUCAACUCACGAAGGAGCAGAAAUGCCAUGGUCAUGUGAUGAAUCCCCUGUUACCUUUGAUGUAGAUUCUUUUACAAAAGCGUUAGACAGAAUUUUAGGGACGGACUCAGAAGAGCUGGAUUCUGAUGAUCUGGAUGAAGAGCAGGAGUUUGACCUUUCAGAUGAGGAUGAUGAAGACUUAGAUGCUGAAAAUCCAGAGCAAGACCAGAACGUAUCACCUAGUGAGCUUAUAGGCAGUCUCAAGGCCUAUAUGAAUGAGAUGGACCGUGAACUGGCACAUACCAACGUUGGUAAAAGUUUCACCACCCAAAAGAAGGAGGCAAGUUCUGCUAAAGCAACUGUGUCUGAAAGUGCUGGCCCUGAUCCUGGAGCUGAAGAUACUGAGCUUGCACCAGUUGAUGUGGAUACCAACCUCGUCACUAACCUGCUUGAAUCCUAUAGUGCUCAGUCUGGACUGGCAGGACCCACCUCUAACAUCUUGCUGAGCAUGGGAGUGGGUUUGCCUGAAAAUGCAGAUCAGACUGGCUCUGAUAAGAGAGCGGCAGAAUAA